AUGGGUGCAUCAGGCUUAGGUUCUGCUUUAGCAAAUUGCAUUAAUCUCUCAAAUUUGACACUUGAUCUUAAUUCCAAUAAAAUUGGUGAUGAGAGUGCAUCAGGCUUAGGUUCUGCUUUAAAAAAUUGCAUUAAUCUCUCAAAUUUGACACUUUGCCUUUAUCAAAAUUAAAUUGGUGCAAUGGGUGCAUUAGGCUUAGGUUCUGCUUUAGCAAAUUGCAUUAAUCUCUCAAAUUUGACACUUGACCUUAGUUACAAUUAAAUUGGUGCAAUGGGUGCAUCAGAAUUAGGUUCCGGUUUAGCAAAUUGCAUUAAUCUCUCAAGUUUGACACUUAAUCUUAGUUCCAAUUAAAUUGGUGAUGAAGGUGCAUCAGGCUUAGGUUCUACUUUAGCAAAUUGCAUUAAUCUCUCAAAUUUGACACUUGUCCUUCUAUUUAAUGAAAUUGGUGAUGAAGGUGCAUUAGGCUUAGGUUCUGCUUUAGCAAAUGGCAUUAAUCUCUCAAAUUUGGCACUUAAUCUUCGUUACAAUUAAAUUGGUGCAAUGGGUGCAUCAUACUUUGGUUCCGGUUUAGCAAAUUGCAUUAAUCUCUCAAGUUUGACACUUGAUCUUAAUUCCAAUUAAAUUGGUGAUGAAGGUGCAUCAUGCUUAGGUUCUGCUUUAACAAAUUGCAUUAAUCUCUCAAAUUUGACACUUAAGCUUCGUUACAAUUAAAUUGGUGCAAUGGGUGCAUCAGGCUUAGGUUCCAGUUUAGCAAAUUGCAUUAAUCUCUCAAAUUUGAAACUUAAUCUUAGUUACAAUUAAAUUGGUGAUGAAGGUCCAUCAUGCCUAGGUUCUACUUUAGCAAAUUGCAUUAAUCUCUCAAAUUUGACACUUGGCCUUCAUGGAAAUGAACUUGGUUAUGAAGAUGUAUCAGGCUUAGUUUCUGCUUUAGCAAAUUGCAUUAAUCUGUCAAAUUUGACACUUAAACUUGGUGGAAAUAAUAUUCAUGAUGAAAAAGCAUCAGACUUAGGUUCUGCUUUAGCAAAUUGCAUUAAUCUCUCAAAUUUGACACUUGACCUUAAUAAUAAUAAAAUUGGUGCAAUUGGUUCAUCAGACUUAGGUUCCGGUUUAGCAAAUUGCAUUAAUCUCUCAAAUUUGAAGCUUAACCUUCUUGAAAAUGAAAUUGGUGAUGAAGGUGCAUUAGGCUUAGUUUCUGCUUUAUCAAAUUGCAUUAAUCUCUUAAAUUUGACACUUUACCUUGAUUACAAAUAUAUGAAUGAUGAAGGUGCAUCAGACUUAGGUUCUGCUUUAGGAAAGUGCAUUAAUCUCUCAAAUUUAACACUUAUUGCCUGUGGAAAUAAAAUUGGUGCAGUUGGGGCAGUAAGCUUAGUUUCUGGUUUAGGAAAGUGCACUAAUCUCUCUAAUUUGAUAAUUAAUCUUGAUGUCAAUUAAUUUGGUGAUAAAGGUGCAUCAGGCUUAGGUUUUGCUUUAGUUGAGUGCACUAAUCUCUCUAAUUUGACACUUUCACUUUGGUCGGACUAAAUUGGUGAUUAAGGUGCAUCGGGCUUAGGUUAAGGUCUAGGAAAGUGUACUAAACUCUCAAAUUUGACACUUUAACUUAGUAAGAAUUAAAUUAAAGAAGAAGGCGCAUCAGCCUUAGGUUCUGCUAUAGGAUAGUGCACUAAUCUCUCAAAUUUGAAACUUGAAUUAAAGCUCAAUAAAAUUGGUGAUAGAGGCGCAUCAGGCUUAGUUUCUGGUUUAGGAAAGUGCACUAAUCUCUCAACUUUGACACUUGAUCUUUCUGAAAAUUUUAUUAGCGACAAGGGUUCAUCAGGAAUAGGUAUUGCUUUAGAAAAAUUUUCUCAUCUCUCAAACUUGGAACUUGAUCUUUAGGGAAAUUUGAUUGGCGAAAUUGGUGCAUCAGGCUUAGGUUCAGGUUUAGGAAAAUGCACUAAUCUAUCAAAUUUGAAACUUUGCCUUUAUGAAAAUUAAAUUAAUGAUGACAGUGUAUCAGGUUUAGGUUCUGUUUUAGAAAAAUGCACUAAUAUCUCAAAUUUAACACUGGAUCUUAGAGUCAAUAUAAUUCGUGCUUAAGGUCUAUAAGGCUUAGUUUCUGGUUUAGCAAAAUGCAUUAAUCUCUCAAAUUUGGUGCUUGAACUUUAUGGAAAUAAAAUUGGUAAUGAAGGGGCAUUAGGCUUAGGAUUGGCUUUAGAAAAAUGCACUAAUCUCUCAAAUUUAAAACUUUAUCUCUCAGGAAGCUAAAUUAGUGAUGAAGGAGCAUCAAGCUUAGGUUCUGCUUUAGGAAAGUGCACUAAUCUCUCAAAUUUGACACUUGAAUUCACUAAUUAAAUUGGUGAUCAAGGUGCAUCAGGUUUAGGUUCUGAUUUAGCAAACUGCACUAGUCUCUCAAAUUUGACACUUAUUCUGAAUGAAAAUUAAAUUGGUGCAAUAGGUGUAUCAUGCUUAGGAUUGGCUUUAGGAAAGUGCACUAACCUCUCAAAUUUGAUACUUCAACUUGACGAAAACAAUAUUGGUAAUGAAGGUGCGUUGGGCUUAGGCUCUGGUUUAGGAAAGUGCAAUAAUCUCAAAAGAUUAUAACUUAAUCUCUAUCGAAAUUCUAUAAGUGAUGAAGGUGCAUCAGGCUUAGGUUCUGGAAUUAGAAAGUGUACUAAUCUCUCAGAUUUGUAUCUUUAACUUAUGUACAAACAGUUUAGUUUUUAUGGUUUUUUCCUUCUAAUCAACAAUUUAAUUUUGACUUUAUCUUAAAUAUUUUAAUAGUAGCAAUUAAAUUGGUUAAAAGGGUGCAUCAGACUUAAGUUCUGA